AUGGACACCAAGAUCUGUGCAAUUAUAUUCGGAAUAAUUACAUUUGUUGUUGCCAAACCAAAAACAGAAGAAUCGCCUUUAAUCAUCACAAACGAAAAUGACUUACAACAAUUGCUGAAGACAUUGUACAGCGAUGGUAAAUUUGAUAUAGCAUUUAGCCACCAUGAAGAUAGCCCUAAAAGCCACCAUGAAGAUAUAACACGCAUCUCUCAUCACGACGAACACUCACAUCAUCAUCACCACAAUGAAGACACGCAUGAUCAUAGACAUAAGAAACAUUACAAAACACACACGCAUAUUGAAGACGAAGGACUUCCCAGUGUCACAAAUAUAGAAAACCUUAAUCUAUUUCUCAAGAAGAAACUUAAAAACGCUGAUGAUAAUUACGAUUAUGAUGAAACUGAAGAUUCACCUAGUUUAAGAUCCGAAGAUAAUGCUAGAAGUGUAAGUAAUGUGGACCAAGUUGUUAACUUGUUACACGAACUUGGAAAUAAAGUGAGUGCUGAGAAUCGUUGUGUAGGAGACAGAUGCGGUAGAGGCCGAAGUGGUGAUAAAGAGGAUGAUACUAAAAGAAGUAAUAAUAUUUAUAAUAACUUACUCUGCUUUGGAGAUGAAUGUGGCAGGGACGAUGUAAAUGUUGAAGAUAGAGCAGAUUGCGUAGGUGAUAGAUGUGGGCUAAGUAAACUUGAUGAUGAUGAUGCUGGUUAUGAUCGUGAUGAUGAUAAUGAUAAUACAAAUGUUGCAAGAUGCUCUGGUGACUCGUGUGGUAUUGAUCAGACACUACUUCGUGAACGACGUCUACCUAUCGGUGAUUCACAUAUUGCGCGUCUAUUUCAAUCACAAGGCAGAAAAAUUAAAGUUAGUGAUGAUUUAGAUGCAUUAGUUCUAGACUUAUCUGAUGUAGAAAAAUAUCUUGGAAACUCACGAGUUAAAGAGCGAGAUGAAAAUGAGCGAAGUAAACUACAAUUGUUUAAGGAUGUUGAUAUAUCUAAUCUUCUAGAGGCCAACAACUAUGAUGAUGAAGAAUCGGUAAGAGAUCAAAAUGUUUUGGCUUCAGAAUCUAAGCCUAUUAAAGCUGUUGUGGUGGAUCUAAGUAAAACUGAGAAUGACCUGACAAAUCAAAUUAAUGAUUUGAUGAGGAUUAAACAAAGUCCUUUGAAAAAAUACAAACGUAUAAAAGCAUCGAGUAUAAAAAAUAACGUACUAUCCCGUGGUGACUCAAAGAUAUUGUCACACGAUGAGGACAAUAACCACGUUUACGUACCAAAAUGGCUACUGGAUGAAAUAGUGACUAAAACUAAUUCGAGAGACUCUGAAACGCAGCUAAGAAACGUUUUUCCUUUAACGUUGAAGCAGAAGGAGAGGCGGGCAAAGGCCCAAAGUAAACCAUUAGCAUCGCAGAGAGUUUUUCGCCGAAGUAUAAAUGAUGACAUUGGCGUUCCGUUCCACCUUCAAAUCGAAGGGCUAGGCCAAGUCGAGCCUUAG